AUGUCGAAACCACCGAGUUAUGACGAUAUGGAUGCAGACGCAUCCAUCGAAAAUAGAAGGACAAAGAAUCCCUUGAACAAACCCGAUGAGUGGUUACAGCAGUUCUUACUGUCAAAGAAGAUUUUGAAGGGGAAGAGGUAUACUUGCCCAUCUAGGGAUGAUUGUCGGAAUGAUCAUAGGAAACUUCGGCCGCUUCUUGCGUCAUUCUGCACGAUUAUUACCGUUAUAAAAUAUUCUUUAAAGUUCAUCUACACCAUAACUUUUUUUCUAGCUUUAUUCUUCUACUCUCAAUACCUUACUUUCAAAAACAAGGAAACCGGCAAGGAGAGGAAGGAUGUGGCGUAUGCUUUGUUGAUAGUUGCGUAUGUUAUGGUACCAGGGAUAUUGCUUACUAGUUGGAUGAAUAUGGUUUAUGAGAUUGUGGAUAGAGUACAUGGGCUCGGGGCACUGGGCACGUGGAGGUUUCCCAAGAGGGGUGGUUCUUUUUUGGUGGAUUUGGCAGUGGGAGCUAUUAUGGCGGUGACGUUCUGGGGGGUUUGGAUGGUUGAUAGAAGGUAG